AUGGAUUCACUAUGGAGUGUUAUCGAUUUCAUACGUGAUAUUGCUGUUAAGCACACCGUCGGAAGCAGUCAUAUUCAUAAAGCUGCCGCCGAAGCCUUUAAUGAACGCAAAGAUGUUAUCAGAAGGGCUUUGAAUAAGAAGGUCCUCAUACCUGAUAUUCUAGCCUUCAUGCCUGCAUGGCCCAGCGAGUUCCAACCAGAUGUUGACGAGAUUAACCUGGAACUCGACGAGUGGUUGCAAAGUGUAAAUGUCGCAGAGGAAAAGAAGGCCAAGCACCGGGCUCGAGGCAACUAUACACUUUUGGCGGGUAUUUACUACCCCCAUUGCAAGAAGGAUAAGCUAUUGGUACUGUCUCAGUUCCUUUAUUGGAUAUUCUUCUGGGAUGAUGAGAUUGAUACUGGUGGGGAACUCACCCACGACAGACAAGGCACGCUGCAGUGUUGCGCUGAGACGAACAAAUGCAUUGACGAUUGCCUUGGUCCCAACCCCAAUUAUACCCCCCCUCCAGGUGCCCGCGGUACCGUGGAGAUGUUAUAUCCUAUCCUGAGAGACCUUCGGAGUGGCCUUGGACCUGUAUCCACCGAGCGAUUGAGGAAAGAGCUCCACGACUACGUCAAUGGAGCAGCCAACCAACAGAAAGUGCGGGAAGAGGACCACCUCCCUGACCCUUGGGAUCACUUCAAGAUGAGGUCUGAUGAUGUUGGGGUCAUACCUAGCAUCACUCAGAAUGAGUACGCCAUGGAAUUUGAGCUUCCAGAAUGGAUUCGGAGACAUGAGGCGAUGGAAGAAAUUGUGCUGGAAUGCACCAAGCUGACUAUCCUGCUCAAUGAGGUCUUAUCUCUGCAGAAAGAAUUUCGCGUUUCUCAACUGGAGAACCUAUGUUUACUAUUCAUGAACACCGACAACCUAUCCAUUGAGGAGGCCAUAGGCAAGAUACUUGACCUUUUACAAGAGCAUUAUGAGAUUUGCGUUGCUGCCGAGGCUAGACUUCCUUGGAGUGAGACGGACGAGAAGCUGAAUGAAGAUAUUCGGGAAUACGUACGAGGCGCAAAUAGAUUGGCGACUGGCACCGCGUGUUGGAGCUACAACUGUGAGAGAUACUUUAAGCUGAGCCAGGUCAACGAGAAGCGGGAGUUGUUGUUGGACUUGUCUUACCAAUAG